UUGCACUUGGCCACUCUGAGACCCCUGCCGGAGAGUCUUGAGUCCCCACUCCUAAACCAGCAGCUAGACAGGGACCCCAAGCGAACGCGACAGUUCCAUGCAAACUAGAACUAACCUGGAAGAGAGUACAAGCCCCCUUCUGGGGCCCCAGGAACCGCCCCCUCCCUUGUUUCAUGGAGCUGAAACAGUGCUGCUGAGGGGUGUGGCUGUCCCUACCCCGAGUGUGGACAGUCCAUCCCGGCCACCUUCCACAGGAAACCUGACCUGGGGGACCAACGGGAAGGAAGCAGGCAGACCGCCACCAAUGUCAGUUCGGAAUUCUGACUGGUCCCUCCAACAGGACAGCCCUAUGUUCAGGGAGCCAAACCCACCAGUCAACCCAGACGGUGCCUCAGGCCACCAGCCAGUGGAGGGCUAUGAGGAAACCUCUGUUCAGGCCCCUCCAGGCUCAAGCCUGGGCCCGCCUUGCCUGGAUGUCAACCAAGCCUCAAACUGGCCUGGGUUUCGGACCCUGCUUCAGCAGCUUCCUCCACAGGACAGUGAUGAGCGCUACUGUCUGGCCCUAGGGGAGGAGGAACUGGCCCAACUGCGACUCUUCUGUGCCCAGCGGAAGCAGAAAUCCCUAGGGCAGGGGGUGGCCCGCCUGCUCCCUCCCAAGCUUGGAGGACGCACCUGUGAGAAGUGCAAGAAGCUGCUGAAUCCAGGAGAGUACGGGGUGUUUGCGGCCAGGGCUGGUGAGCGGAGCUGCUGGCACAGACCUUGUUUUGCUUGCCAGGCCUGUGGUCAGGCCCUGAUAAACCUCAUCUACUUUUACCACGAUGGGCAUCUCUACUGUGGCCGCCAUCAUGCAGAGCUGUUGCGACCUCGAUGUCCUGCUUGUGACCAGCUGAUCUUCUCUCAGCGCUGCACGGAGGCCGAGGGACGGCGCUGGCACGAGAACCACUUCUGCUGCCAAGACUGCGCCGGGCCUCUGGGUGCAGGACGUUAUGCCCUGCCCGGGGGCAGUCCCUGCUGCCCCAGCUGCUUCGCGAGCCGCUACCAGAGUGCAGCAGGCUCUAGCUCAGUGGGGGCACUGGAAGGGCAGGCGUCCCUUGGGGAAACAAGACCCGAUCCAAGCAUCGGCUGGAACUGUGCCUCCUCGGAUGACAAAAUCACCUCCCGAGCUGCGCUUCCCUCCACAGUCGCCAGCCCCACCCUAGAAACCCCGAGCGGGGCGUCCGAAAGGCAGGGCCGCCCACAGACGCCCAGAAACCCCAGAGAGGACAGCCCCUGCCCCACCUGCUCCUCUUCCUCUGAGUCGGAACCCGAAGGUUUUUUCUUCGGCCAGCGCCUUCCAGGUCCCUGGAAGACCCCGGGAAACCUCCAGGCAGAUGACAGAGACAUCUCCAGGAAGCACUGCACCGUUUGUUAGAGAUCUGGGUAGUGGGGUGGGGGACCUGUGAAGCAGGAUAACAAGACUGUGCUGUGUAAAAGACCCGAGACUGAAGGCAGGCACGCGGGACAGUCCCAUCCACACUGCACGCUCUCUAACCUGAAGAAAAC